AUGCGUGUUGCCUGGACAACGAUUGUAUCUAUCCUAGCUAGUUUCGCCUUGGCUGAAUGUCCAAUUCAAAGGAUGACGAACAGAGAGAGUCUAUAUAAACUCAGUGUUUGCGCAGGGGGGGUUCUAACCAAAGAUUCUGUCGCAGUUCUUCUGGUUGAUACCAUAGCUGCAACAAUCCUUCGUCAAUGGGCUUCGUUCAUCAACAGUGGCGGUGACACUGCGGCUUUGACGGUUAGUCCAUACGUGGCACUCCCGUCAUCAGACGCUCAACCUCCGACGAUUAGUCUCGCUGAAAAUCAGCAGGCUUCGGCUUAUCAUCUGGGCUCGGCCAUCGCUUUCGUUUCGCAUCCUGAAGUCUUGACGCUCGCUAAGCAGGUAACAUAUGGAAAGCUAUCGACAGGUCCGGAGCCUUUCGAUGACUGUCAAGUUUCAUGGUGCGUGCAGGAAACUCAGUUUGCCCCAUAUCAAUCCUUAUCAUUGCUAAUGACCGCGCGUCGGUGCGCCGUAUCACCAUCGAGGGUCUACAACAUUGGAGGCGUAGACUUUCCCGGUGCUAUCGGCCUUUUCACGCUCUGA